UUUGAUUAAUAUCUUCGAUUUUUGCUCAAAAUGUCAACCGCAAUGAAGUUCAUUAUUUCUAGUCUAUCAAAAAUCACACACACACAGAUGGCUGUAUGGGGAAGUGUAUGAAGAAUCUUAAAGCUGAUAUCCGUAUGAAGGAAGAAACUCAGAGCUGACUUAGUUAAAGCUUUCCCAUCUUUAGAUGAAGAAGCUCUUGAAGAAUUAUGUCCAAGCAAAGGCGAUGUUUCUGUUAUGAAAAUUUCUACACACACUGGGGAAAUUGGCUUUGUCUAUUUUUAUCAGAGAGAUCCUCUUGUGUUUGAACUCCAUAAAACAUUUUAUCCAACAGUUUACCUUCUAUGGAAACACCCAAAACUUCUGGAACCAUUUACAACAUGGCCUACAGUUUUCACAAAGAUUGCAGGAGGAGCUGAUUUAAUGCUUCCUGGUGUAAUAAUGAAAGGAGAUGUGUUCCCAUGGACCUUCAAACAUAUAAAAAAGGGAGACGUUUGUUCUGUCAAUGUUCAGGGCAACCAAUCUCCUUUGGCUAUUGGCAAAAUGCUGAUGUCUGGUCUUGACAUGUAUGAAAGUGCUAUGAAAGGGAAGGGGAUGACAAUUAUUCAUUAUUAUGGUGAUGAACUCUGGGCUGCUGGGAGUAAAUCAGAACCACCUCUUAUUCCUUCUGAUACGGUUAGUGACAACUCCGAGGCAGCCAGUUAUGAUGCUGAAGAAGGUCAACCUUCAGUUCAGAACUUAGAGCAGCUUAAUUUAAAUGAUUCUAAUGAUGAAGAUGAUACUAAUUUGCCAGUUGACAGUGAGUCAAUAGAAGAUCAUAAUGAUAAUUAUGAUGAUGAAGAUGAUGAACCUGUAAAUACACAAGAGGAGAUGGACUCCCUAUUACGUCACUGCUUCCUUUGUGCCUUGAAAUCUAAAGUUAAAGAAAAAGAACUCCCUAUAAUGACAAUAACUUUUUUCCGAAAUCAUAUGAAAGCUUUUUGCCCUGAAGGUAAAACACUUGAAGUUAAGAAAUCUUCCUAUAAAAAGCUUUCAAAAUUUCUACAAGAAAUGCAAGAUAAUGAUUUUAUAAAAGUGGCCCCAAAAAGUAAAGGUGUUGAUGAAAUAAUAUGGUUAAAUAAAGACCAUGCAGAGCUUAGAGAUUUGAUUGUUCCUGAUAUUACGGAACAAAUGAAAGAGUCUGAGGAUGAUUUUCAACUACCCAAAAUUACUGAAAUGCGGAUUGUGACAGCAGCAGUUUUGCCAGUUUUGAAAGAAUAUGGUUAUGACAAAGGAAGUACUAUGCUACCAGCUGAUGUGAGAGCUGUCAUAACAGAUUAUGUAAAGAAAAAUGAAUUAAAGUUUGAUAGAAGCCAAAGUAUGGUGCAGUUAGAUCCUGUUUUAGCAGGAAUUGUUCUGCGUUCUGGUGAAAAUAACAAAUUUUACUUAGGCUGGAAAGACCUGAUAUCAAGAUUUAUGAAAAACAUGCAGGUAGCUCAUGAAUUAAAGAUUCCUGGAAAGGUACCCAUACUGAAGAAAGGUCCUCUCCAGAAUAUCAACAUAGAAGUUCAGAAAAGAGCCAGCAACAAACGGGUUACUAUUGUACGAAAUUUAGAAUCAUUAGGAAUUUGUCCUGAAGAAUUUGCACACCAUGUCAGUGUUGGUGUUGCCUGCAGCACAAGUGUAUUCCAGGAAACGGGCAAACAUGUUUUGAUACAAGGCAAUCAAGUAAAUUUUGUUGAAAAAGCACUGAUUAAUAAAUAUAAAGUUCCACGAAGAAUGGUUACUGGAUUAGAGUAUGCACCCAAGACAAAAAAGUCUAAAGGUAAAAGAUAAUUAAAAAGGAUUCCGAACAAAGAUUAUCUUCCGAAACUGCUUACUCCAAAGAAGUCUGUGCAAUCACACAUACCAACUAUAAACUGAUUGAAAUUCUUCCACUUGAAUGUUUGAGAGAGGAAACAAGGUUGAACAUGCAUGUCCUGUAUUGACUGUAACUUGUAUGUAUUGGCCAGAAAAAUAAAGAAUAGAUUUAUCAAUUUU